AUGGAGGUCAUCACCACCUUGGAGUACGAGACUACUCUCAGUCCCCAGACAGCUGCCACCGUCACCACCAGUAAUGUAGAAACAGUUGUCCAGCUCAAGUCUAUAGAGAUGCAGGCAGGGAAUAUCUUGAGGUUCACCCCCAGUAAGAACUCUGGAAGUAACUUUUCCAUGCAAAUCUACGAGGUGACUGAAGACGGUUUCCUCUCGUGCAACUUCUCCCUCGGCACUGCAGUCAUUGAACACGAAACCAAUGAGACAUUUGAUGUGCCGCAGCAUUUCUUGGAUCCGGGGAGUCACUUUUUUAUAGGUACCUCCAACAUUAGUGCAUUGGCCAGGUGUGACUUCGGCCUUCGAUUGAAUGUCACGGUCAAGUCUAACAAAUGUCACGAUAACCACAUCUCACCGUGUCAUGGCUGGGGCUUGUGUAUCACAUACCCAAACGAGCCAACAUUCAAAUGCCACUGUUGCGGCACAUACAGAGGUACUUACUGUGAACUCUUUGAUUCCUGUUUAAGUAAUCCAUGUUUGAACGGCGGACUCUGCUAUCAUCCUGCUAACAACUCCCACGAAUUCGCAUGUCAGUGCUCACUAGGUUAUUACGGGUUGGUGUGCGAGAAUCAGACGGACAACCUAUGCGACAUGGUGGACUGCUACAACAACUCCACAUGCACGGGGAACAGCAGCCACUUUCAUUGCCACUGCCCCGCGGGGCUGACCGGCACCCACUGCGAGGUGGACAUUAAUGAGUGUGAGCCUAGGCCUUGUUAUAACGGAGGCCAUUGCGUUGAUGAGAGAAAUGGCUUCAAGUGCCUUUGUGAGCCAGGUUACCACGGAGUUACCUGCUCGGAGGGGCGUGAGCCAUGUAGCCUAUCACCCUGCAAGAAUGGAGGAUUCUGUCAUAACAGGACCACAGAAGACGCCAAAUCCUUCGCAUGCCACUGUAAGCCAGGUUGGGGAUCUGAGGACUGCUCACAAAAGAUAUCUGUCUGUGACACUAAACCAUGUCAACAUGGGACAUGUAUUGAGAAAGAAGGGGAAUUUGCCUGCUCCUGUUUUCCUGGUUUUACAGGGACCAGGUGUGAGGUGAACAUCAAUGAUUGUGACCCAAACCCUUGUAAAUAUGGAGGUCACUGUAAAGAUGGAGUCCACUCCCACACAUGCAUGUGUAUCCACUCCCAUGCAGGCUCCAACUGUCAGUUUACGUUGGAUCUGUUCUCACCUAUCCUAGAAGAUGUGGAUAUUGCCGGUGGUAUCAUUCACAAUCCUACUCACACACGUAACCUGUACAUAGCUGCCGGAACGCUUACAGGUGCCGUGCUCAUUAUGGUCCUGAUACUGAUCAUAUGUUACUGUCGCAUCAGUAGAUCCUAUCUCAGCUGCUGUGGACUGCAUAGGAUAUUUUUGUACAAGAAAUUUCAUGAGGACUACAUUGUCAAUGUUGAUGUGACCUCAGCAUCAGACUGUCCUUUAGCUGUGGACUCUUACUGGAAACAUAUAGACAGUGAAACUGAAGCCUUAAGUUCCUGCUCAUCAAGAAGUUCUUUUCAAAACCACACAGUCUAA